AUGUCCAUCAUCCAGAUCCCUGCUCCUGCAAGCGAGCAAAGCACCAACCAAACGUCAACAACGACGCAGGGAUUCGAUCUCGAAAAGGCGCGUACCAUCGUCAACUCACAUCUCGAUGACCUAGACUCUUCGCUGCACAACGAUAUCAACAAGACCUUGCACGCAAACCCGGAAACAGCUUAUCAAGAAUUCUUCGCCCACGAAACAAUCACCAACUACUUGGAGAAGCAUGGUUUCACCGUGAAAAGACACACAUAUGGCCUCGAGACCAGCUUCGAGGCGGAGAUUGGCUCCGGCGGUCGCCAGGUCGUGGUCUGCGCUGAGUAUGACGCCCUUCCUGGCAUCGGACAUGCUUGCGGCCACAACCUCAUCGCGACAUCAUCGAUAGCUGCGUUUUUGGGUGCCGCCCGCGCAUUGUCAGACUUGAAGAUCCCGGGCCGCCUCCGAAUUUUGGGAACACCCGCAGAAGAGGGCGGUGGUGGUAAGGCCAAGUUGAUCGAUGCCGGCGCUUUCAACCCCCCUGAAGAUGUUGCAGCUGCUAUCAUGGCACAUCCCACGGCGGCUCAUCAGGGUGGUAGCGGAGACGGCUCCUCCGGGCUGGCUGGCUUCAAGCUGAUCGCAAGCCAUAAGUUCCGUGUCGAGUUUCGUGGAAAGCCAGCACACGCGGCCGGUGAGCCGUGGAAGGGGCUGAACGCGCUCGAUGCUGCUGUGGCGGCUUACAGUAACGUCGCUCUUUUGAGACAGCAGAUUCAGUCGGAUGAGAGGAUUCACGGCGUCAUCGAGGUGGGAGGCACUGUGCCCAAUGUCAUCACCGAUUACACCAGGAUGAACUGGAACGUCCGGAGCCCAACUAUUGCCCGCGCCGAUGAGCUCUUGAAGAGAGUGAAGGCUUGUCUUGAAGCCGGCGCAGCGGCAACGGGCUGUGAAAUCAACUACAUUGUUGCACCAACGUACGCAAACUUACGCGCCAAUGAUACGUUGUGUAAAGCAUACGUAGAAGAUAUGGCUGCCAUUGGGGAGACCAUUCAGCUUCACCAAGCCAAGCCCUUCAACGCGUCCACUGACAUGGGCAACGUAUCCCAUCUUGUUCCCAGUUUUCACGGCGCUUUCGUCAUCCCGACAUCGCCGGAUGUUGCUGGUCAUAACCCCAAGUUUGCAGCAGCUGCUGCAACAGACGACGCGCACACGGCGGCAAUUAAGUGUGCUAAGGGAAUGGCAAUGCUUGCUAUUAGGGUGCUUACCGAUGACGCGGUCGCCGUUGGCGCCAAAAAGGACUUCGAGACCCCAGACUUGGAGUAA